UUACCUCAACCACCUCCCCAAAUAAUGCAUCCAAAACAAAACCUCCUUUAUCAUUUUAUCCCCUCUUUACAUUACGCGUCGCCUUCAAAAGUCAAGAUAACAAAAAGCUCCGAAUCACCACUGUUCAACACGACUGACGUAUCCGAAUUCCGACCACCGUUGGUUGGUUGAUUGGUUCUUUAACCUCACCAAAUCCCCCGCCUUUUUGCUUUUGUUUCUAUAUCAUCUUCUCCACAAUUUCACCUCCAACCCUAAAUUACAUACCCUUUCUUUCUUUCUUUCUUUUUUUGAACCUCAUAUUUAUACUCUCUCCGUCUUUUCUUCACUUUCAUGAUCCGUUGUUCAAGCCUCUGAAAACCAAAGCUCUUUUGACUUUGUUUCUCGAUCAUGACCCAUUAAUCAAUCCAUAACCCUAAUUUCUUCGUUUCCUUUUUUAUCUACAAUCAAAUCUGUAGAUGGGACACUUGGAAAAGAUUUUCCAUCGGAAACCAAUUUAUUUCCGCGGCUCUUUUCACGCUCUUUGUAUCCUUGUGUUCAUCGUUCUCUGUUUUAACAAUUGGAGCUACAAGAAAGUCGAUCGGGUAUCGUUGGGUUCAAAUUUCACUGGGUUGAAGAUCACAGACCCAACUGAUUGUUCUGGAUUAAAUCAACACAAAGGUUUCGAAAACGAAUGUGAGUAUUUAAAAGCCAACCCACAAUGUAAAGCCGGCGGCUUUUUUUAUUACUUGGAUUUUUUCUACUGCGAUUGUCAGAAGUUUGCCCCUUUGGCUUAUAUUGCUCUUGUAAUUUGGUUAGCGACUCUGUUUUAUCUAUUGGGAAACACAUCCGCUGAUUACUUUUGUUGUUGUCUUGAAAAGUUAUCGAACGUAUUAAGAUUACCACCAACUGUAGCAGGGGUAACCUUGCUUCCGUUAGGUAACGGCGCCCCUGAUGUAUUCGCUAGCAUCGCUGCUUUUGUAGGCACCGAUAACGCCGAUGUCGGACUUAAUAGUAUCUCCGGUGGUGCUGUUUUCAUAACUUGUGUUGUCGUCGGGACGAUUUCGCUAUGUGUGGCUGAUCUGGGUGUUACCAUCGAUAAGAAGUGCUUCAAAAGAGAUGUGUAUACGUUUAUGUUCGCUGUUUUGGCUCUUGCUGUUAUCUUGUUUAUCGGAGAAGUUAACGUCGGCGGAGCUAUUGCGUUUGUGUCAAUCUAUGUCGUUUAUGCCACCUAUGUUGCUGCAAGUGAGUUCUUGAGAAAGAAAGAGGAGUAUGCACCAUUGUUACCUCUUGCGAACACUUCGGAAGAUAGAUUACUGGUUUCGGAAACCGAUGGCGUCCCACAUCUUGUUAAGUCUUCUAAGGUUCCUCAUUGGAUGUGGGGAGCACAUGUCGCGAUGUAUUCAGAGGUUUUUAACCAUGGUUUAGAAGAUAACCCGAAGACUCCAUGGGGAUGGACAGAUGAGGAGACACAAAGUGAGGAUUCUUGUUCUUGGUUUUCGUGUUCGAAGUUGCUGACGUGGCUAGAGUUUCCAUUGAUGUUACCAAGAAGGUUGACCAUUCCAAUCAUAGACGAAGAAAGAUGGUCGAAGUUCUAUGCUGUUGCUAGCGUCACUUUUGCGCCUUUGCUUUUAGCGUUUCUAUGGAACAGGGUCUACAAUGGUGGUCAAUUAGGUGAAGAUUUGAUCUAUAUUGGGAGUGCAGUGGUUGGAUGUUUUCUUGGACUUGGUGCUUUUGUGUCGACUAAAAUAGACCACCCACCACAAAAGAUGUUGCUUCCAUGGGUGCUAGGAGGGUUCUUUAUGAGCAUCAUUUGGUUCUACAUGGUUGCUAAUGAACUCGUUGCUCUUUUGGUUUCACUCGGUCUUAUCUUCCAAGUCAACUCGGCGAUUCUUGCAUUGACUGUGUUAGCAUGGGGUAACUCGAUGGGUGAUUUGAUGUCAAAUGUUGCCCUUGCCAUGAAUGGGGCAGACGGAGUUCAAAUUGCAAUAUCAGGAUGCUAUGCGGGCCCGAUGUUUAACACGCUUAUUGGUUUAGGGGUUUCGAUGUUGAUUGGAUCAUGGUCUAAGAGACCGAAUUCUUAUGUCAUAGCUCGUGAUAGUGGUUUGUUGUGUAAUUUGGGGUUCAUUAUAAUUGGACUAGUUUGGGCACUGGUGGCGUUGCCAAGAAAUCAAAUGCGACCUAGUAAGUUGUUGGGCAUGGGACUUAUCGGUAUUUAUUUGGUGUUUCUGUGUUUGAGAAUAGGAACGGCGGUCGUGGUUGGCUCGCUAAACGAGUCAAACUGAUUAGUGUGUUAGUUGUUGUAUGUUAUCUUUGUACCCGAGUGGUAUCAAAGUGAAAUUUUAUCUGGUAUCGGAUACCCGUUAUCAGGUAUAUGUACAAGUAUUAGGUGUUAAUCAGAUAUCGGGUAUUAGGUAUCAGAUAGCAUGUAUACAUAAUUUUUUUUUUCUAGAGAUAAUGUGAUGGUUAACGGGAAUGCACAUGGGUGACAUAUAGUCAUAUACCCUACUUGUUGUACAUCUUGUUUUAAAUGCUUAGAAAAACAAUUUACACGGUAAUAAUAAUAUAUAUGUUUGGUAA